GCGUUUUUUCACUAUGAUUCGAAAAUGAUCAUCUUGAUUUUGGCGCUCGGUAGUACCGCCGCUGAGUCCUCGUGAGCAGCUGACCAUUCUUUUUCAGCAGUUCGAACUCAUCCUCAUCAUGCUCUUUUUUUCCACGUCGAGAGGAGUGGAGGGAGAUCCCGUUGCUCCAUCUGUCCGCGAUUUCGCUGCACGUCCAGAAGUCGCCACGCUUUGAGGAUCUUUUUUCGUUCUUUGCAAUUACCGUCGGUCACCGUCGAUCGGUCACCGUCGAUCGGCGGGAGAAUGAUGCUAACGAUGACGUCAGUGGCGCUGCCGACGAGCAGCGCCAUAGCGUCAACAUGCUGUGAGCGCGCGCCGGGUAGUUUCCCGCCCACGUCCGCAGUCCCUGAAUGUCCCGCGGUGAACCAGACAUGGCAGAAAGCCACUGUGAGGGAAUGCGCACGGGCGCGCAGCGCAGCGGAAGUUUCCCCGCGGCCGGUUCACCUGAGGUCGUCUUUUCUCCCUUCUCCCGCCGCUGGCGAAUCAGGGCAAUUCACUCGGCGGGAGGGCGGCAUUUCCUCCUCGCGGACUGCUUUCCGCCGCCAUAGCUGCCGUUCUUCCUCGUUUUGUACAGAUCUUUCUUGCGUUUCUACUUCUUCUUCUUCCUCAGUGCCUGCGGCGGGGKCGUGUUCCUUUCCUGCUGCUGUUGAUGGCAUAGCACUCCGACGAAGUUUAGGCGCUGCGCGCAGGGAGAGGGGGAAGCUCGCUAUCAUCCGAGGUGGGUCAGGCAUGGCGCGCGCCGAGAAAACAACUGAGGUUGCUGACGCGGCCGCCGCUGUCCAACCCCACUUGUUCUCCUAUCCGGACGGUGUGAGCAAUGCGUCUCUCUCGGAGUUCGCAUCAAUGGAUGAGUUGUCAUUAGCUCUGGCUACAUACAUCACGGAACUGUCGAGCAACGCGAUCAAGGAAAGGGGCUCCUUCACCGUCGUGCUCUCUGGCGGCUCGCUGGUCAAGGCACUUGAAAAAUUGACAGCGAAGCCUGCCAGCGAUUUGCUUGAUUGGUCCAAGUGGCACGUAUUCUGGGCUGAUGAGCGCCAUGUUCCACUGUCGCAUCCGGAUAGCAAUUACAAGCUGGCAAAGGAAGGGUUCCUCUCCAAAGUUCCAAUCCCAGAGAGUCAGGUGUAUGCUCUAGACGACUCGUUGGAUGUGGAGGGUGCUGCGCAGGCAUACGAGUCUGUCCUCAGAUCUCUUGCUGGUGGCGCUUUGGCUACCAGAGAAAAUGCUGAUGGCAUGACUUAUCCGUGCUUUGAUUUGAUUCUGCUUGGCAUGGGCCCAGAUGGUCACAUAGCGUCGCUUUUCCCAAACCACCCUCUACUUGCUGAGAAAGAGAGAUGGGUGAUGCCCAUCAAGAACUCCCCCAAACCCCCUCCAGAGCGGAUCACUCUGACGUUGCCAGUCAUCAACUCAGCUGAAAAUAUCGCUUUCGUAGCAACAGGUCAAGGAAAAGCGGAGGUCUUGCAACGGGUUCUGGAAGUGCAGGCUCUCCCAGGAGCGCUUCCUGCGCAGAUGGUCAGACCAUACGCAGGCGCAGUUGUCUGGCUUGCGGAUAAAGAUGCAACGUCACAACUUUCUUUGGGCAAAUGGGGAGACCCUAAGCAAUUCCCUAGGACGGAUAUGAAGGCGAAAAAGUGACUCCGCUCAUACACUCCGCUGCUGGCACCUCAUUUUUGUAAGCUAUGAGCCCUUUAUUACUUGCGAGUCCCUCUUGUGCUGUUUGGCGGAAGAUUUGGCAGUUUGACCGUAAAAAGGUUUUCAACUUUUUGUGGAUGCCAGGUGUGAAAAGGAGUAGGGUUGUCGGAAUUCCCCAACGGUGGUUGGUUCUCAGGGCCCACAUUCUGGAAAGUUUCAAAUGCGUAAUUUACUAAUUUGAAAUUUCUGGGAACUAAUUUUCUAGGAGUUAGAAUUGCAAUAGGCAUGCAAAGUGUCUUGGAAUUCACUGUAAUGAACCCAGUCUGGAGGGGGAAACAAACUCGUUUGGAGUCGAAGUACAAGAUAACUCAGCGCUGAUCAAUGUCUCCAAUAAUCGUGAAAUGUGAUCUGUGAUACAAUGUCUCGUAAGCAGUAGACGAAGGAGAGGUGGCGGGGAAUAUACUUAGAGGGUGGAAGAGUAAGUACUAAGUAUCCAUCAAUGACCACAUAGGUAGAAGCCCCUCGUUCCGCUCUCCUUCUCCGGGCCUCCCCUCUCCUCCACGUCACCAAACUGUUCAAGAAAAGAGCCUGACAAGGUCUGAUCACAUCAGAGUGCCACGUGCCACAGUUCUCCCAUGAAGACGUCACAACAGCGCACAAUGUCGACAUCAGCAACAGGUAAGUCUCCUCUCUCUCUCUCUCUCUCUCUCUCUCUCUCUCUCUCUCUCUCUCUCUCUCUCAAUCAAUCCACAGAUCCCGAUCUCCCUCCUUGUCGCGUCCCAAUCAACAAUGAAGAUGGCGUGGCAAAUGCCAUGUCAACAAGGUAGACAGGGUGGCAUGCACUUCAUCAGCAAUGUCGAAGACAGCGUGGCAUUCACCACGUCCGCAAGCAAGUAGCCAGCUGGCGCCAGAGCAGGGAGGCGCCAGCACGCAGUGUAGCAGUCUCGCGUCAUCAUCCCAGAGUGCCAGCAUCGCAGCAGCGUCACACCAGCGUCGAGCCAGCAUCCAGCCAGCGUCAAGUCAGCACGGCAAGACUGAAUGUUUACUCCCGGAGGCAGGGUCAAUAGGUAGUGUUGACGAGGUUGACCUGCAUCUGGUCCCUCACCCACCGAGGCUCAGAUUGACUCACAGCCGACGGCCUGGAGCUCGUGCAGUUACAGACUUGCACUUGGUCCGAAUGCUGUCUGGAUACCUGCGUACAGACAAGUGUGUGUGUUUGACCUGUGGCUGGGGCUGGGUCCAUGCAGACUUUGACUCGCGGGCCACCGUACAGUUGACUUUAGUCUACUGUCGACGUCUGAGUCGACCAGGCCUGCGCAGGGCCCCGGAAGCCAUUUCAGGGGCUGUGUCCCCCUGGUCGGCGGCACGGUCGUAGGCCGUUGGCGGGCCGUAGACAGGAGUUGGCCUGUGGGUGGCUGCCUAGACAACAGCAAGGCAUAUGGGAGCGGGUUAUUAAAUCACAAGGGAAUUGGCACUUGGACAGGGAAAAAAAAUGUGAUAACUAUUAACUUUCGUUUUCUUACUUUCCUUUUCCCUUUGGAAGUCGUAUGGAUUGCUGCCUAGAGAGGGGGAUGGGGGGGAGGAGAGUAUUUUUUUUUUUUUUUUUCUAACUGUUGAUGUACUUUCUGCACAGGAUAUUAAGCAGCCCAUCUGUACAUACUACAUAUUAUAGUAAUUCUAAAGGGCUC